CAGAUGCGGCCGUUCGCUCAGUGCCUCUUCCGGCUCACUGGCUUCUCACCAAGAUCUGUCGGGAUUGGUCAGUGGGGCCCACGGCUCAAAGAAAGUCAGCGGCAACUCUGUCUGGACCCGGGAGCUCGUGCUCCGCGGCCGCACGCUGUGAGCCGGGUGUGGAGCUGAGCCUUGGCGGCCACAGGGAAUUGGCGGCGGGUUCACAGCGACGGAGCGGGGUCCUGGCGGGCUUGCGGCCACUCCCAGGACGGAGAGGUUGCGCACCUCGCCGAGACCCCAGCCUUUCCCGCGGGCGCCGUCCUGCAGUCCCGAGACCCCCUCCCAUCUCCCGGGGUCCCGUCCUAUCACGCCACGAGGAUGGAUCCAGGGCUCUCUUCAGUUCGACUCACCGUCCGGGAGGCUGUUCACACCCUUUCAUCUUCUGAGAAUGGUGGCUACAUCUUCUCCACCCUGCGGUCCCUGAAGCGAUAUCUUGGAGGAACGGAGAGCCCAGCCCUCCCUGAGGAGCGGGAAGAGUUUGCCAGGCUCCACUUUUCUGCCAUUCUCCGAUGUCUUGUUGGCAAGCUGAGCCCUCACUGGCUGGAGCUGCUGCCCAAUGGCCAGUUGGAGGAGUUGUGGGCCAGCUUCUUCCUGGAGGGCCCCGCUGACCAAGCCUUCCUGGUGCUGAUGGAGGCUCUUGAGGGCGCUGCUGGUCCCAGUUUCCGUCUGAUGAAGAUGGCGCGGCUGCUGGCCCAGUUCCUGAGCGAGGGCAGGAUGGCUGCUGUCCUGGAGGGGCAGUGUCGGCAGUGCCAGCAGACGGACCUGGCCUUUCCUCUGCUCCAGGAGACACUCCUAAUCAAGGUGGUGGGCUUGCCCGACCGCCUGGGCAACUGUCUGCAACAUGAGAACCUGGCUGAGUUCUUCCCUCAGAACUACUUUCCUCUGCUUGGGGAGGAGGCCAUGCGGGUGCUGCAGGCGGUCGUGGACUCUCUACGAGGCGGCUCGGACUGUUCUGUCUCCUUCGUGUCUCAGGUUCUCGGGAAAGCCUGUGUCUACGGGAGGCAGAAGGAGAUCCUGGGUGUGCUGGUGCCCAGGCUGACGGCACUCACCCAGGGCAGCUGCCUCUGGCAACGGGUCUGCUGGCGCCUGGUGGAAUGCGUGCCUGACCGGGCCUUAGAGGCUGUGCUGACAGGGCUUGUAGAGGCUGUCCCUGGGCCUGAAGUUCUCUCUCGACUACUGGGGAACCUGGUGAUGAAGAGUAAGAAGGCCCAGUUUGUGAUGACCCAAAAGCUUCUGUUCCUGCAGUACAGAUACACGACGCCUAUGCUGCAGAGCCUGCUGGGGUACCUGGCCCUGGACAGCCAACGGCGCCCGCUCCUUGUAAAGGUCCUAAAGGAGCUCCUGGAGAUGUGGGGUAGCAGCAGCGCCAUCCGCCACACCCCCCUGCCACAGCAGCACUACGUCAGCAAGGCCAUCCUCAUCUGCCUGAUGCACCUGAGGGACACGGAACUCCAGGACAGCCGAGACGAGUUGCUGGCCAGUCUAAUGGCAGGAGUGCGGUGCCACCUGGACAGCAAUCUGCCUGCUGUGCGCCGCCUGGGCAUGGUUGUGGCUGAGGUGGUUAGUGCCCGGAUCCACCCUGAAGGCCCUGCCCUAAAGUUCCAGUAUGAAGAGGAUGAACUGAGCUGCGAGAUGCGGGCCUUGGCCACCCCCCAACCUGCUGCUGACAGCCCCUUGGAGGCAGGCCCGUCUGUUGCUGCAGUUGCUGCAGAGACCCCUGACAAACAGACUCUAGACAGCGGCGUCCCCCCGGUCCGGCCAGAGGGCUCUGACUCUGAGCUUGACAGCGAUGAUGAGUUUGUCCCCUACGACAUGUCGGGGGACCAAGAGCUGAAGAGCAGCAAGGCACCCAAAUAUGUCCGGGACUGCAUUGAAGCCCUGACAACGUCAGAGGACUGGGAGUACUGGGAGGCGGCCCUGCGGGCCCUGGAGGGGCUGGUCUUCAGGAGUCGGGCUGCCACUCGGGAGGUGAGCGUGGAGCUGGCCAAGGUUCUCUUGCACCUGGAGGAGAAGACGAGUGUGGCGGGAUUCGAGGGGCUGCGCCAGAGAGCCCUAGUGGCUGUCAUAGUCACAGACCCAGCCCGGGUGGCGGAGUAUCUGACCUCACAGUUCUACGCUCUCAACUACAGCCUUAGGCAGCGCAUGGACAUCCUGGACGUCCUGACUCUGGCAGCCCAGGAGCUGUCUCGGCCUGGGCGCCUCGGACAGGCCCCGCAGUGUGGCUCCCUGGGCCCCACCUGCCAGCCCGGCUCUGCCGUGGCUCCCACCUGGCGCGCAGUGGUGGAUGAGAGGGUCAGAAGGAAGACCCGGCGCUUCUCGAAGGGCUCUCCCAGGCAGGCACCGGCUGGCAGCCCCAACGAAUUCAACUCAGUGGCUGGCUACUUCUUCUUCCCCCUCAUUCAGGGUUUUGACAGGCCGCUGGUGACCUUUGACCUUUUGGGAGAUGACCAAUUGGUUCUUGGAAGACUGGCCCACACCUUAGGGGUUCUGAUGUACCUGGCUGUGAAUACCACGGUGGCUGUGUCAAUGGGCAAGGCUCUGCUGGAGUUCGUGUGGGCCCUUCGCCUCCACGGUGACACCUACGUGCGCCGGGGCUUGCUGUUCGCCGUCUCCUCCGUUCUGCUCAGCGUUCCAGCUGAGCGGCUGUUGGCAGACCUGCCCGACGAGCUGCUGGAGGCCCGGUCUUGGUUGGCAGAUGAGGCCGAGAAGGACCCAGAUGAGGACUGCAGGGUGCUAGCUGUGAAGGCCCUGCUGCUUCUGGAGAAACUCAAAGACAAGCUCCUUCCACUGCCUUCUCCUUAGUCCCUGGCUACCGUUCCUGCUGGAGGAAGGGAAAGCGGGAGGGCCAAGCCCAAGGCCUGAGGAGCCAGGCCGACCCACAGGCUUGUGGUGCAGCUACCUGCGGGGAGGGCCACGCACCCAGUACUGAGCGAGCGAGCAGGAAGGCACGCUAUACUGCUGCCCAUAGCGCAGGAAGUCUGAGUGCUCAGCCGAGGGCCUCUGGGUGCUGCCCCCAACAACAGGGCACCCUGAACACUGGGGUGGGGGUUCCGAGGAGGGACUCAGGACAGGCUCUGUGGGCAGCUGUGUGGGGGAGGGGAGGGCGCUGCUGCUCAGGGCCCGGAUGUGCCCCAGUGGGAGCUGCCAAGACGGGCAGAGCAGCGGGCUGCCGGGCCCCUGUGGGCCUAGCGUUGUGUCCUCAACCCCUUUCCUCACCUAAGGCAAUGUUACAAACAAAGAACACAGUAAGAAUAAAAAGGAGCUGCAGGUGCUCAAA